AUGAAGGUAAAACCGAAUAAAAAAAGGCCACUACCAACAAUUCAAGAUGAUCAUUCUGUUGAAAAAUCAAUUGAAAAGGAAGAAAAAAAGAAGAAGAAACACGAUUUGUCCUCAAUUUUGCAGAAGGCUCCACCUGUGUUUCCUUGGCUUUUCUCCAAUGAAAAUGUAAAAAAUGCUGAAGAAAAUAUUAAAACUGAACCAGAAAAGACUGCUGAACCCAGCGUUUCGGUUGUGCCCAAGAAACCAAUUAUUGGUGAUAAAUCUGAAGAUACUAAACCGCCCCCUCCGCCUCCUCCACCUCUUCAAAAAAAUAAACAAUUUACAAUCAAAUUGCAGCAAAAUUGGUCAAAUUUAAAUUCUCCUUCGAAAUCAGUACAAGAUUCCUCAAAAUCUUCCAAACCGGAAACCUUAUUUCAACGUGCUUCUGAUGCUUCACUUAAAAAGGCGAUUGAAGAAAAUGGCGAUAGCUCCUUUAGUCCUUUAUUUCAUGAUACUUCAAACUCAAUUCUUAGUUUAAUUGAGGGAAGCACACAAAUGGGUUUGGUGACAGAAGCUCAUCGAGAAGCUGCUGUUUCUGAAUGGAGAGCUAAAACAGAAAAUAAAAAUAAAGAAAGGUCUUUAACUAAAGAGAAAUUUGAAGAAGAUGAGGACCUUGAUUAUGACGAUGAAUUGAUAGAUGUAGAUGAAGGAUUGGCAAGACAGAUUCUAGCUGAUGUUGACAAAGAAGAAUUAGAAGCCAGAGCAAGAAAAAAAGCAAAGAAAGCUGCCAAAAGAUUAAAGCGAGAAAAACUACGACAGAGUCAAAAUAACCUAAACGAAACUAAACAUAAAAAAUCGCAUAAAACUGCAAAGGAAGCAAAAUCAAAAAGUCAUAAAAAGAAGAAAUCUAAAAGUGAAAGUCAUUCUAAACGUACAAAAAAGCAUGACGAUACAGGUACUGAUCGGAAAAAAUCUAGAAAGUCAUCACGUUCUUCUUCAAGAUCAAGUUCUCGUCAUCAUCAAAAAACGUCAGUUUACAGAAAAUCACGCCGGUCUCGAUCAAGUUCUCGCACUUAUAGCAGUCCAAGUUCUUAUAGACGAAGCCGUAGUCGUUCCUUCACUCCUCUACCACGGUUUGAUCGUCACAAAGCGUUCGAAACUCGUAAACGAUUAAUUGAAGAAUCAUGGCAUCGAAGAAUUCAACAUUCUGUUAGAGCUUGUGAAAGGGAUAUUUCACCCAUACGAGAGCACAGAUCAUCACGGAGGAGUUCUUUCAGUAAAGCCGAUUAUACUGAUAAACAUGGCCAUAUUGAUAAACAAAAAUUACUUGAAAUUGCGACUAAAAAUGCUACAAGACUAGCUAUGGAAGGUAAAUUGCCAAAAGGUGCAGAACUAGUUAAGUCUAUGACUAACAAAUCUGUCAAUCAACUUAUCGCUAUUUGCAAGCAACUUCAGAAUGAGGAAAAUUUACUUCCAAGAGGUAGAAGUUCUAGCGAAGAUGAAGACAGGCGGUAUAUGAAACGUUAUGAUGAAUAUCGUGAACGAAGGGAUAGAUCCAAAGAUAGGGAAUUUUCUAAUAGAGCAGUUCGUCCUGCACCUGACAGACGGAAAGUUGAGGCGCAAGAAAGAAAGGAAGCGGUCAAAAGAGAAGAAAACAAACUUCGCUUGACUUUCCCAGUUUCAAGUGGCGUUAAGCAUCGUGUAGCAACAAAUGUUCCAACAAAUGAAGGAACUGCUGGGCCUUUAGUUCGAUAUGGUGAGAUUGGGCCAUUAACAACUGCUUUAGCUAAAGUUCGAACAAAUAUACCAUCGGCUUAUUUGGCUAUUCAAGAAGCAAGUACAAGUCUGAAUACUCAACUCCCUCCUGAAAAUGUCCAAAAAAUUGAAGAAAAACCUUUUGCUGCUUCAUUUGUGAACCAUCCUCCACCGCCUGAUAUUGUUAGUCCAAGUGCUUAUAAAAUUGCUUUAGAAGCGGCAGAGAGGCUGAAAAGGGAUAAGACAAAAGAACCGAUUUUGGCUACUUCUUCAGAAUUUAUUGGGCCUGUUAUUCCUUUUGAACAAAAACCUGCUAUUCCUUUAGUCGAUCCAAUUAAUUUAAAAACUGAAUUAAAACCUGAAAUUGUCGAUGUUCCUGCUGUAUCUUCUUGGGACAAACCUGGACAUUUGAUUGCUCGAGAAGCGUUUUUGAAGAAAAUUGGUACUUUACAAGAAAACCCUACAGAAAAUGCCAAGUCUCAAAUUGAUACAACAAAUAAUCAAUUAAGCCAAAAUAUUAACGAACCGCAACCAUGUAUGUCUGAUGUUGAAUCUGUUAUUAAUUCUUGUGUUACGAGUAUUGCUAAUGAACAACAAGAAGGUAUUGAGCCUAAAGUAGAUGCGACGACAAGUUCUAAAACUAAUUUGACGUCUUCGGCCUCCAAUGAAAAAUUUGUUGCACCUAACACUGCCAAACCUUUAACAAAGACUGCUAAUUUAUCCAUUCCAUCAAAAAUUCAAGUCAACUUACCUUCAACUUCAAAAAUUACUAAAGAGGAGGUUGCUGAUAUUAAGGAAGAUAAUCCCUCUCAAGCAGAAUUAAUGGAUAGAGUCCAGGCUUAUGUUGAAUCACAGGUUGCACGUCAAAAAGCUGAAUCUGUUCUUCAUGCAACUAUAUUAUCAGCUCAACUUUCCCAAGCUACAUUUCUCAAAAGUGAGACGCCUGCUUAUUUUUCCACUGUUUCGCAAUCUAAGGAUCCGAUUGGUGCGACAAAAGUAGCAAAAAGUGUGUCUGAACUCAUCUCUGAACGUUUGCGCUAUACUCAAAGAUUGCAAAGAGAUCCAAACGAUUAUGAUGCAAGAAGGAAACUGAAGGAUGUAGAUGAUCAGGAUGGUUUCGCUUUACCUGGUGAAUUUACUGGUCAUACUGGAGCUCGUGUUCUUUCAGAGAAGGAGUUGGAACCGAGCGACCCUCGUUUCCAUGCAUGGGCUAAAAAAGUAGGUUUAAUAAAUUAUUUCUGUCAACAUUACUACACCCCAUUCUACCGACUUAAACAAUUCAUUAUUUCCAUGUAA